AUGAAGAUAAUCAGCGGCAUUUAUACGGAAGCAUGGUCGCGACCCGAAGUAGGAACGCUAAAUGAUGUCUGUGGUCCGAAAUCUCCAUACGAAGAAUAUUACAAUGUUACCUAUUUUAAAUGGCAACUUAAACAUCAACUAUUUCAAGCCUCCCAUUCUGACCCAACAAGGAUGGGUCGUAUUAAACCAGUCUAUACUGUUUUGGAGAUCGGGUGUUCAGCGGGUGCUGUAUUAAGCACCAUCAAAUGUGCAACUAAGUUUUGUGUGGAAAUCAAUUCAUACGCGAGAGCGUAUGCUGAAAAAAUAUACAACUUAACGACAUUCCGCUGCAUAGCAGAAUUGUCAGAUAAUUCAGUUGAUUACGCGUACUCAGUUGCUGUUUUAGAACACGUUGAAGCUCCGCUGAUACUCCUAAGACAAUUAUACUCUAAAAUGCGUUCUGGUUCAACGCUGGAAAUUCAAGUGAAAAACGAAGGACGUCAGUCAGCAUCCAAUUAUUCGAAACAACAAAAUUGGUCUUACAAAAGACAUGACUUGAACAACCAUUUAUAUACCUGGACAGAAUUACUUUUAGGAAAUAUGAUUCAAGGCGCUGGCUUUGAAAUAAUCCGAAUUGUUGGCAGUAUAGGGGCUUUUCCUCCAAACUACCAAGAAUUAUGGUCCAAAGUGAGCGCGCAACGAUGGGCUAACAUUGUAAAGGAAGAGGGCAAGAAACAAGGAGUCGAAACUCUGACAGCCUUUGCAAAAAAGAAGUAG